AUGAAGAAGCUUCGAAAGAUCAUUCUAAACCACAUAAAAACCCGCGAUAUUGAAAAAGCACUGAGCACCGCACUAGAUGCUUUGGAAGAUGAAGAAGAUGGCAAGAUACUAUUUUACGCAGGAUACUGCUACUAUCUACAGAACAAGUACGGUAAGUCUGUGGAGUACUACAAAAGAGCCCUGAAGCUGUCCGUGUCUCCUGAGGACUUGCUAGAUAUAUACAAAGGCCUGUCAAAGAUAUACAUAACGUACGAGUUUCUGUAUUUAGAUGCAAAGGACAUAAUAGAAAUAGAAGCCGCUCUUCUUGCCGUGUUGAAAAAUGCAAAAGACAGUGAAUACACAGAAACCGAGUAUUCGUGCAUUGUCUUCCUGUCUAAUAUAUACCUGUACAACGACAUAGAGAAAUACAUGAGCUUUUUCAGCACUUACUGUCUGAGAAAAGAUUCCAUUGACAGUUUAGCUAUGAAGGAUAGAUUCGAAGAAGAAGGACACAAUAUGCUUAAGAGCUAUUUUAUGACAAGACUUAGAAAUUUUGAAAAAGACUUGAAGUCCAUUGUAGACAGCGGAGGGUUCUCUGUCUGCAGGAAAGAGAUAGCUAGAAAGCUGGAGUGUAUAAUAGAAAAGUGUUUAGACCUAGACAAGUACUAUAGUGCCCUCGUGGAAAAGUAUCCAAAAAUAUUUUUGGAAGAAGUUGCCAAUUUGUAUCUCUUGUUUCUUACAACAAGAACGUAUAGCGGUUACAAAUCCAUUGGGAGACUGCUCCUGUUUAUAAGAGAGCUAGUGUGUAACGGUGUGGAAAUAGAGAACAAAGCAGCUGUGCUAAUGGUGCUAUCUGAUUUUUUAAACAUUCCUGCCGUGCUAGGAGAGAUAUCGCACUAUAAAAAAGUUUACUACAACACGCUAUCGCCAACCAUCAGGCUUUUGAGGUUCCCAAAUGAGAAAAAAGUUGUCUUAGAGAUCUACCAGGAAAUGGAAAACGCACUGGGGCUCAGCUACAAACUGAAGAAGGAGUAUUUAGACACGCUCGUUCUAGAGAGCAUGACAAAAGAUGAAAUACUCAGCAAUAGACAAUAUAGCAUAAAGAGUGCCAUAGAAUUGCACCAUUCUGAGCCAUCGGAUAAUGUAAAGGGAGGAUGCUCUAACAGCCCUAGGAAAAUAUCGCAUCCCAGGAACAUUCUAAUUCUAAUGAACUACGCAAUGCAGUCGAUGAACAUAAAAGUGAUGAACGAUCUUCUUUGUAGCAUCUAUGAAGAGGGACCGCUUGGUGACGAUGUGCUCUCUGAGUGUUUGCAAUAUGAAAAAAUACCGAAGAGUACUUUGUCUGUAUUGGGCAAUGAAAAAACAAAAGAAGAAUGUGCAAGCAGCCAAGAAUCUAAAACUGAUUCUACUACUGCAAGUGGAUUGGAAGACUUAUCCGCUGCUAGUGCAGACAGCACUCAGGUUAUACAGGCUUUUCUUCUAAAAACAAUGUCUAGUUUGUAUAGUAUGGACUAUUAUAGAGACAUUUUAUUCAGUUACAUUCUAGACAUAAUACACAGCAAGUACCAUUUGAAUGCCAUCAUACAGCAUGCACACGUCCUAGAGAAUAGAACAGAUGGCGUAUGUGAAUACUUGAUAGAUAAUGAAAAAGGAAUAGAUAUGCACAGGCUGUAUCUAAAUGAGAUAGACCGAUACGGCAGUGUAUUUGACAGAGUGUACGGCUAUCACAAGUUUCUGUGCGAGUACAUUAAUAAGAUAGUGAAAAAUCAGAUAGCAGAGGAAAAUAUCAACACAGCAGAGUACAAAAGUGUAUACAGCAAAGAGUAUCUGGGCUGCAAGAGAAGCAGGGAUAUGCAAGAGCUAAAUCUGUACAAAUACACUGUCAAUGCGAACAUAGAGUACUUCCGGCACUUGCUAGCGAUUAGCAACUACGAAAAAAAUAGAAAAGAAAUUUCUCUAAUGCUUCUCAGAGAGCUGUACCAGGAAAGAUCACAUGACUAUUACUUAAUCAAUGACCUGGCGCUGAUAUUAACAGAGAAAAACGAAAGUAUACAUUUUGUUGACAAAUAUCUCAGGACAGCACACAGCAUGGAUAGCACAAACCUGUUUUUGAUAAGCAUGAAAUACCACAAAAAGCAAGGCAACUGGGAGAUAGUCGAAAGAAGAGCAAAGGAAAUUCUGGCACAGAAAUACGAGUAUAAGAUAAAAAUGGCGCUGGCAGAGGCCCUGUCAGUGCAGAAGAAGUACAAAUAUGCAAUAAAAAUUGUAGAAGAGGUGGAAAGCGAUGAAAUGGAGAAAAACCAAACAAAAACACAUGAGCUAUCAGAGAUGUCCAUUUUAAGCAAGAGCACUAUAACGGAUGAGAGCAGCAGUAGACUGGCGAGUGUGCGCAUAUUCAAGGCAUAUUUACACAUAAAAAUUGGGAAAUUAGAAGAGGCUCUGGAGAUAAUCAAUGCCCUGCUAGAAGAAAACCUUGAAGAAUCAAAGAAGAACAAAGCCAUUCAGUACAAGAAAUACAUACAUGCUAUACAGAUAAGAGAGGCAAUAUGCACAGAAGAAGUAGAAAGCGUGCUAAAAAUAACAGAAGAAUACAGCAAGCUAAAAAGAAAGUGCAGUGGAGAUGAGAAAUGGACAGAAAUGGGGGCAAUCAUAGGCAUAUCAGAUGCAUACGUAGAGCUGGUGGAUAAAAUACUUAAAAACGAGACUGGAGCAGAAAACAGGCUAACUGAAUAUCUAUCAACAGAUGACCAGCAAGAGCUAAUAACACUGAGCAAACUACUGCUUCUACUGGCCAGUGUGAACAACGAGCUAAACAAUCCUGUGCUGCACAACGCAGUCUCCCACUGCAUUAAAAAAGCGAACCUCCAGGGAGAAACAAAAGAGUCUCUAGAGGUUGAGCUCUUGCUGAGAAUGAUAAGAGACGAAGAUAUAGAAGACUACUACCAAGACAGCAGAAAGUCGGAGGAAACACCCUUUGCAAGAAUCCUACUAUCGAUUCUCUAUGACCCCACAAGCCUUGCGCCAAUAACGCGAGAGUAUCUGAAGAGCACAACGAUCAUGGACACUGAAAUGCUAAAGGUCCUGGCAAAGAUCAUAUCAGAGCAAAACAACCCGCGAGACAAUGCAGACCUUGAGGCAAUAUUCCUGCAUCUGUGCCGAAGAUACAGCGCAGAAGAGAAGGAGGUCAACUGGCUCUACAAAUUGCUAAAAAUUAAAAACUAG